GAAUCCGAUCUGUCGGCAAGCUCCUCCGGGAAGGAUUGCUUCCCUGUCACUCUGCUGUAAUCAAGCACAGGACAGGCUGAGACACAGGGCACCGGAGCCACAGAGAGCGGCACCACGACAGCGCCUGCUCUGCUCUCCUCCGUCCUUGUCCUGAGAGGGGUUUUAGCGCCUGGCCGCUGUGUGGGAGCAGGGACCGAGCUCAUUUCUGCCAGGUACUCACGGGCUCUCCCCUUGCCCAUCUCUCUGAUUGUUCUUACAUCCUGGGAUGCGCUGGCUGGAUGUGAUGGAGGAGUGAAAGGAAAGAGAUUUAUUCGGGAAAGACAAAGCGAAGAGAAGAGCGAGGUUCUGGGGAGUGCGGGAUGAUAGAGGAGCCGCUGAAGGAGAUGCCAGCACUGGCCACUCUCCCAGAGAAGGGCUCCGGGGACUGCCCGGUUCCAGCAGCCGCUCAGUCCCUGAGCAGCCAGAGCCAGCUGGCGGCAGCUACCGGCGGAGCUGAGCUCUCCUGCUCCCGGUGUACUGUACCCUUUGGCCUGGUCACUCUGAUCGCUGGCAUGGUGGUCACUGCUGUCGCCUACAGCUUCAACUCGCACGGCUCCAUUAUCUCCGGCUUCGGGCUGGCGCUGCUGACUUUGGGGGUUCUCCUGGUGAUCUCCAGUGCGGUGUGCUGGAAAGUGAGACAGUGCCGAAAGCGGGCUAAUAGGAGAGAGAGCCAGACUGCACUGAUGGCGAACACAGGAUUGUUGGUCUAAGAUACAUUUUAGACCAUACCAUGGAGACCAAACUAGUUGGCCUGGGACCUCAAGCCUGUGCAUCCAAACCUUGGAGAUUUACAACAACAAUGACUGCGUGGAUUUGUCCUGCAGCUUUGAUUGGAGCUGCUUUACAAUAUCACUUCAAACCUUAGCAAUUCAUCGACAGCAAACCUUCAAUAACAGGAGACCAAUGAUCUUUCUUAACUUUCUCUGGAGCCUUUGGUUUGACCUGUUCAAGUCAACUUGUAGCAGGACGAGUGAUUGAAAGACAGAAACAACUAAAUGUGGGGAUCGAAAUGCGUGAUUCUCAGCAUGUCCACGAUAGCAAAUUGAAGACUGCACUAACUGUGGUAUUAAAAAUGAUUUUAUUGCUAAUUUAUUGCCAGCUCUAAGCCAAACCCUGUCAACAGCUUUUCGGGUUGUUCCUAGUCAAGAAACGUUUAAACAAGGAAAAGCUUCUUUUCUCUCCAGGGAUGCUGCCUGCCCCGCUGGGAUCUCCAGCAUGUCUUGAUCUCAGUGCUCUUCUACCUUUAGUUUGCAUGCAGCCUGCUCCUUCUCCAGUUGUCCUUCCCAGCUGGAUUCAUUCCUUCUACGAGCAAUGUUCUUUCCUAUUCUCCUUUGCCAGUCUUGCUAUUGUCCCAUUCUGGUCCGUCUCAUUCUAAAAACCCACUGAAUGAAUUUCUGUUGGUAAUGUUUGUACCACAAUUUAAUUUAUAAACUAUAACUGAUAUUAGGAAUGAGGAAAAAUGUAACAUCUGCAUAUUCUCACCCAAAGCCUCUUCAUCUAAUCUGAAGCAUAUUGGUAUUUGACCAUUUUAUUUCAAUGUUUGGAGCAUUGAUGGCAAUAAGAAUGGUUUUUAUGAUGACACAGGAAAAAAAAUCCAUUAAAAUUAUUCACUCCAAAGUAAUCAAGGAAUCAUUGGGAAUAUGAAGGCUUUUAACUUGUCAAUUUAACUGAUUUCCUGCACUUUUCCAUCUCUUCCUUGCUCAUCCUCUGCCUUCCCAACUUUUGCUCUUAUCCCUAUUCUUCAGCCUUUCUGUCACCUCACCAUCUCCAUCAAUCAUCUCCCCUUCUCUCCUCCUAUCCCCUUCUCCAAACUUUUCAUUGUCUAGCGACUUGACUUGAUUUUGAGGAUGCUGAAAAUGUGUUGCUGGAAAAGUGCAGCAGGUCAGGAAUCCUGAAGAAGGGCUUAUG